UAUAUAUUAGCCCUUUUGAAGGUGUGAGAGGACAAGGGGAGAAUGAGGAAACCUUUCUGUGAGAAGGCGGUUUUGAACAGAGGAGCUUGGUCCAAACAAGAAGAUCAGAAACUCAUUGAUCAUAUCAACAAACAUGGCGAGGGUUCCUGGCGUAUCCUCCCUCAAGCUGCUGGUUUACUUCGCUGCGGCAAAAGUUGUAGGCUGAGAUGGAUAAACUACCUGAGGCCAGACCUUAAAAGAGGCAAGUUUGCUGAAGAUGAAGAAGAUCUCAUCAUCAAGCUUCAUGCCCUCCUAGGAAACCGGUGGUCACUGAUAGCCGGAAGAUUACCAGGAAGGACAGAUAAUGAGGUGAAGAACUAUUGGAACUCUCAUCUGAGAAAAAAGCUCAUAAACAAAGGAAUUGAUCCGACCAAUCAUCGGUUAACUCCAAAUCCGCCAUUAAUGUCUGGAAGCUCAGCAUCAUCAUCAUAUAAUAAUAGUGCCAAGAAUAAUGAUGAGCCAAUUACAAAACCUUAUUAUGUUUCUGAUAACAACUCCAACUGUGAUCAAGUCUCAGAUGCAGCGAGUGGUUUGAGAAGAAGAAUCAUCUUGCAUACCUGA